AUGCGUCUCUUGAAUACGACACUUCAUAUUCCUACCUUGGUGACUAUCAUGAUCCAAUUGGCUUAUACGUUUCCGGUUGGCUCGUCGAACUCCGAAGCCAUCAACGCGAUAUAUCAUCGUGUCCCUUCCCGAAUUCCUACUCGUCAUCACUGGUAUAAUGGGACUCAAGUACCCAAUGACCCCCAGAUAUUCUGUCAUAACGAAUCUCAAUCUCCUAUAUAUACCGAGGCCGACGAAGACGUUGGAGGUCCCGGCGUGCUGAUAUGGAACUUCGAUCCAACAAACCACGGCGCUGCCAACGGGACCAUGUUCUUCUUCUAUGAGAGCAACCACGACUUCGUCCCUUACAAGUACACGACCAUCCCACCUUGGUCGUCCGCGUUCGUUACCAUAUGUCCAACUUUCCGCGGGCGCAUCGUGCGGGGAGACAUGACGAACUUCGACGGGCAAAAGCAUCUCUUAGGAACGUGGGUCGAGGUCAAUUGGCAUGCUAACGGAUCUAGAAAUGCAUGGGGCGACAUCUCACUACUCCAGGGCAACGAUGGAGCUGCGAUGAUCCAAUCUCUCGACGGGCUGUCCAGGGAAAGGGGAUUCACGAUGGACCUUAUAUCGAAUGCACCGGCGAACGUGAUGGCGCAAAAGGCGUCUGGAUCAUGGUGUCUUGACAAGAUAAUCGGACCGGGCGCGAACAACGCGACGAGGGAAUGGGAGAAGCAGUUUUUAGAUCCGUGGAACGUUUAUCUGGAAGAUGGCAUCGACCCUGUGAUUAAUUCGGAGAACGGGAGAUUUCAAGUUAUAUUCUUCGAGGGCAUCGUAUAG